AUGGCGUCCGCCUCGGCCCAUGCCGCUGCCCUGGGCGCCAAACAGGCCAAGGCGGUCCUGGCCGAGGUGAGCCAGGUGUUCUCAGACCAGGCUCAGGACAAUGCUUGCACCGACUUGGGCAAGAUGCUGCAACUCGUGUCCGCGAGGAUUCAGCAGAAGGUAAUCAAAGUCUAUGGUUUCAGCUGUGACAGGGAAGGUGUCCUUAAGCUUACCCGCUUGGUCAAGUCUUACAAAGCAAAGGAUUCCAAGACUGCCAGCCUGUCGGACAAGCUGAAGGCACUGUUCAUCCUGCCCCUGCCCCUGCUGCCCCACGGGCAGCUGUUUUGGGUGGCAGCAUGGCCACCUCCUGAGUUGGCCUCCCGUGACACUGCCUGGGAAGGGAGGACCUUGAUGUUCUGGAGGAUAAUAAAUGUGCCUGUGACUUAA